ACAUCCAUCUCACCGCCCCAAGUCGACCUACCCACGCGCUUUCUAGCGGACAUCUUCCACUGCAGACUACAAACACCCCUUUUUUUCCACAACCCCAUCAUACAGCCAUGGAAGACAUCGCGCCCGAGUACGACGUCGUGGUCCUGGGAACAGGUCUCACCGAAUGUGUGCUUUCAGGUGUUCUUAGCGUCAAGGGCAAGAAGGUGCUCCACAUUGAUCGCAAUGACCACUAUGGAGGGGAGGCCGCAUCACUGAACAUCGAGGCACUCUUCAAGAGAUAUGGCCAGACCGAGGGCGAGCCGUGGAAGAAGUAUGGCCGCGUCAACGACUGGAACAUCGACCUCGUCCCCAAGCUCCUCAUGGCCAACGGCGAACUCACCAACAUCCUCGUGUCGACCGACGUUACCAAAUACCUCGACUUCAAGCAGAUUGCAGGCAGCUAUGUGCAGCAGGGCAACGGAGCCAAGGCAACGGUUGCCAAGGUGCCGUCAGAUGCCGGUGAGGCUCUUCGAUCGCCCCUCAUGGGUCUGUUCGAGAAGCGCCGUGCAAGGAACUUCCUGGAAUGGGUUGGUGCAUACAAGGAGGAUGACCCAGCUACACACAAGGGCAUCGACCUCAAGAACAGCACCAUGAAGGACAUCUACGACAAGUUCGGGCUCGAGGCCACUACCCGCGACUUUGUCGGCCACUCGAUGGCUCUGUACCCGACCGACGACUACAUCACUGAGACGGGUAAGGCAGAAGAUGCCAUCCAGCGCAUCAGGCUAUACGUCAACUCGAUGGCACGAUACGGAAAGUCACCCUACAUCUACCCCCUCUACGGACUCGGAGAGCUUCCCCAGGGCUUUGCUCGUCUCUCUGCCAUUUAUGGUGGUACCUACAUGCUCAACACCGACGUCGACGAGUUCAUUUACGAUGGCGGCAAGGUUGUUGGCAUCAAGGCCACCAUGAAGGAAAAGGACGUUCCCGGCGACGGCAUGAAGUUCGAGACCAAGGCGGGCAAGAUUCUCGCUGACCCGUCGUACUUCCCUGACAAGGUCCGCGUUACCGGACACCUGCUCAAGGCUAUUUGCAUUCUCAACCACCCUGUGCCCAACACAUCGGAUGCCGACUCUCUGCAACUGAUCAUCCCCCAGUCUCAAGUUGGACGCAAGCACGACAUCUACGUUGCCGUCGUUUCGUCUGCACACAACGUUUGCCCCAAGGGAUACUACAUUGCCAUCGUCUCCACGAUUGCCGAAGGCGACAGCAACCACCACCUCGAGCUCCAGCCUGGUCUCGACCGCCUGGGCGCGAUUGAGGAGAAGUUCAUGGGCCCAGCUAUCCCACUCUACGAGCCAAUUGAGAGCGGCGCCAACGACAACAUCUACUUGUCAAAGAGCUACGACGCCACGAGCCAUUUCGAGACAACAACCGACGACAUCAAGGACAUCUACCAGCGCGCAGAGGGCCACGAACUGGUUGUUGAAGGCCUGAGGGAUGGCGCGAACUUCAACGUUGAGGAAUAGACGGUUCGGACACAACAGGUAGCGGAUGGUACGAGCAGCAAUGGGUCGUUUUGGUAGAUCAUUUGGGUGCUUGUAGGGGUGGGACUUGAUAGCAAUGAUAUGCAUUCAUAAUAAC